UUCAUCAGAUAAACAAAGGAGCUUAUGGCCAGGUUCUUAAAGUUCAGAGGAAAGAGGAUGGUGAUACAUACGCGAUGAAGGUAUUAUCAAAGCUAGAAGUGAUCAGAAGUGAGGCUAUCAAGCAGUGCAAAGAGGAGGUCAGCAUACAGGCCAUGGUUGGACAUCAUCCUUUCAUUAUCCAGAUAUACAAAUCAUGGCAGAGCAAAAUCAACUUACAUAUAGUAAUGGAGUAUGCUACCCAUGGUGAUCUGUACACACUGUGGAUUCUAGAGGGUGUCUUCACUGAGAUGGCUGUCUGUAUCUUCAUUGCUGAACUCUCAAUGGCAUUAGACUUCUUACAUAAUGCUGGUGUUAUCUACAGAGACCUAAAGAUGGAGAAUAUACUACUGGACCAAGAAGGACAUAUCAAACUGACCGACUUUGGCCUUUCAAAAUGGAUGAAGAAAGGCAACCGGACGUCAACAAUAUGUGGAACAUUACAAUACAUGGCUCCAGAAAUCUUGAAUGAGGAGAACUACACUCACGCUGUUGACUGGUGGUCGUUAGGUAUCAUCAUGUAUACGUUACUGAGCGGUGGAUACCCUAUAGAUGGCGCUAAAACACAUUUCACCAUGUACAGUAGAGUUCUUGCAAAGAAAUAUGUUCUACCAUCAAGUAUAAGCAGUGAGGCCUGUGAUGCAUUAGACAGAUUACUCAGGAAAGACCCUAAUGACAGACUGCAAUCACUGGGAGAGUUUGUUCAUCUAGAUUUCAUCAGAAACAUCUCACUAGAGCAGUUAGUACGGCGAGAGAUCACCCCCAAAGACUACCUUAAGAGGAGGUUACCUAGGACACUAGCUAGGAAGUCAACUAACAAGAAAGGCAGGGAGUUUCUCUAUGAUAAAAUACCUACUGACAUUACUGUUGAUAAUUUUGAAUGGACUCGAGUGACUCAGUUAUAGCACCAAAGAAACUCAAGACAGACUCAUCGUGAGCAGCUGCUACAAGACUGGUUCUUAAAGGGACAACUCAAACGUACCUUGAUAAAAUAGAACAGUAUUCUGCCUAACAAGAAAGGCUAGGGAUUCAUUUUUGAAGUCUACCGAUUAUGUCUUUGUUUGUUUGAUGACAGGCAGAGAUGAUGAACGGUCAUGAUGGAAUGAUCGGGAUGAACCGUUAGAUGGUGUAUUGUUGAUGGACAGGGUUGGCUAUGUCAUCAAUGAGGAAAACACUGCUUAGUGAUGAUGUCUAGGAAUGUCAUUGAUACCUUCCGAGUGCCUGUUCCUUGUUGCAGAGAGAUGUAUGAUCCGUCUCAACAGAUGCUGAAGAAUGAUGCUUCGUAAUGAAAGAAGAGAAAGUAUUGAAGAUGAAGACUACUCUGAAUCUUUGUAGCAAGGUACCCAUUGUCCAUACUGUUGGAGGAAGGAUUACAUGCAGUGAAGUGAUCGGGUCAUCACCAGUGUUGUCUUUGCAGUAGAUCGGUAUCUCUUUCUGAAUGAUAGUAAUCCUCUUGCCCUGAGUGGUAUGUGAUAUUCCAUGGAUGCAAUGAGGCUGCUAUCAUCAUUCAGGUUGAGGCAUGGAUGUUGAAGUCAUGAUAGCGAAUUGUAUAUUUCUAUUGCCAUCAAUUACUGAUGUGAUUCAUGAAAUUAACUAAAAAUAAAAUUAUCAUCAUCACCAUCAUCAUCAUCACCAUCAUCAUCAUCACCACCAUCAUCACCGCCAUCAUCAUUAUCAUCAUCAUCAUAAUCAUCAACACAAAAAUUCUUACCAUCACAAUAAUCAUGCCAUCAGAAUUGUAAAAGUGGUCACCAUUAUUGAAAUUUGUCUCCAUUAUGACCAAAUUCUCUUCCAUUUUAAUGGCAUUACCCUUAUAUCAUGUCAGCAAUCAUCAUAACCAUAUCAUUGUCAUCACUAUCACUGUUCUUCUUAGUAGCUUUACACCAUGUUGGUAUAAAUGAUGUCUUUGUUAGAAUGAAUCUAAGAUUGAUGUACCUUCCUGCAUGCAA